CUCAGUUGCCAACCAUGCCGCCUUGCAAUAGGUUGAACAAAAUUACAAAAUUAUAAAUUUAAAAAAUUAGUGCAUUAAAAUGGCUCCAAUAAAAACCAGUGAAUAUGAAAAAGUUCCAGUUGUUGAAACAGGAGAAAAUGAAACGAAUAAAAUUGAAGAACCAACUUAUGGGUAUGGCGUUAGACAUGUUCAGUCAUUAAUAGUCUUUACAAGUCUUUUGAUUGGGUUCAUCGUCAGAAGUCAACUUGGAGUAACCAUUGUUGCUAUGACAUACUAUAUUCCUAUAAAUACUGAUAUUACUAGUGUAGAUAACACUACAUUACAAACAAUACCAGUCAAUAUAAGCAAUACAGAUAUUGGUACUGUAAUAGAAAAUAAACCAGUUAAUGUUACUUUAGAUUUAGAUAGUAUUAAUAUUGCUGGGAAUAUUUACACUGACUUAUUAAAUAAUACCAUUGACGAAGAUAUAAUCUUAGAACUGGAAAAUAGUACAAGUGAUGAAAAUGGGAUUUAUAAGAAAUACGUUUGGUCCAAGCCGAUCCAGGAGACGAUUUUGACAUCAUUUUUCCUCGGAUACUGUUUAGCACAGUUCUUCAUGAGCAUGAUUGCCCAGCGGUGGGGCGGCAAGAUUCCACUGCAGAUUGGUCUGUUCGUGAACGGAUUUGCGUCUUUUGUUACACCAUGGUGUGCUUUUUGGGGAGGCUGGAAGGCAGUCUGUAUCUGUCGCAUCCUCCAGGGCAUAUCUCAAGGAGGCUUCUUUCCUUCCAUCCAAACUCUGCUGGCCCAGUGGAUUCCGCCGCGAGAACGAGGAAGACUUAGCAGUUUUGUCUACACAGGAACGACUUUAGGUACAGUUUUAGGAUUCCAAAUCGGUGGAAUCCUCUCAGCCAGCCCCUGGGGAUGGCCGUCAGUAUUCUGGGGAACGGGAAUACUGUGUCUCUUGGGUUUUGCAAUGCUCACAAUAUUUGGAGCAGCCACGCCACAUGAGCAUAAAACAAUAUCUGAAGAAGAAAGGGUAUACAUUACUCACACGAUGAACAAGUAUAGCAAAAGGAAACUGAUGGUGCCGCUAAAGGCGCUGAAGUCAAGGCACACAUGGGCAGUGUUCGCCACACACGUCGGCAGCAGUACUGCCUUCGUAUUCAUCUUCAUGCAGUUCCCAUCUUACAUCCACUACUCCCUGGGAGUCAACGUGAAAGAUAGCGGCCUGUUUUCUUCGUUGCCAUAUGUAGUGAGCUUCUUUGCGGCAAUCUUUUACGGAAUAGCAUCAGACUUCCUUACCAACAGAAGUAUCAUCAGCGUGAUAAAUGCAAGAAGAUUCUUCAACUCUCUUGCUCAAAUUGGAACCGCAAUAAGUCUCAUGGCGUUGUCCUACACGAAGAAUGUCACCCUGGCUAUAGGACUGCAGGUCAUUGUGCAGGCGACACACGUAGCUACUCAUGUAGGAUGGAUGGUAAACUACAUAGAUUUGACAGCAAACUACAGCGGCGCUUUGCUCGCAGUAGGAAACACUAUGAUGAAUAUGUUUUCAUUGAUCUUGCCAGUAAUGGUCUCUAAUAUUGUUAUUGACGUGGCCAAUCAAUCUCAAUGGCGAGUGAUGUUCUACCUCAUCGCAGGUUUUGUCCUCAUUACAAACGCCAUAUUUGUGUUGUUCAUAUCUACUGAGCGGCAACCGUGGGAUGACGAAGACUAUCAAAAGACAGAUUCCGAAUAUAAAGAAAAAAAACUCGAAGUUUUUUCAACGGACAUUAAAAAAACUGAAGGGUGAUUUAUGACAAAACGUUAAAAAUGCUCCAUCGUCGAAAGUAUGUUUACUCAAUAGUAUAGUGUUUUAUUACAUUUCAAAUUUAGUUCUAAAUAACUGCAUCGAAAUCUAUAACGUGGUUUGAAAGAAGAAAGUGACUCUAUAGUGAUGAUUGCAGUGGGUUUGGACUUCAAUCUAGCCUAUGAGAUAAAGAGAGAGAGAGAUGAGGUCUAAGGUAUUAUUACAUGGAAACUUCUUGCUGUAAAUGUCUAUAAAUUGUAGGAUCCGGAAUAAAUCAAUUUGGGGAGAAAAUUCCUAAUAAUCUGUCUAAUCUUUUUUGUAUUAUCUGCAUAUUAAAAAAUAUUUUUUUAAUAAAUACA